CGCCGAGGUUGCCAGCGAAGGCGAGCGGGCCGUCGGUGCCCAAGGAGGACCCUGCCCAUGGGCAGGUCCCGGAGGCCGGAAUCCUUCCUGGAAGAGGCGCGGGGUGGGGCGGGAGGCGGGGGCGCGCUGGCCGUGGCCGGGCGCGGGCAGGGGAGGGCGAACUCGACCCCGGCCUGGCGCGGGCGCGGCCGCUUGGGCGAGGAGGGGGCCGGGCCGAGACCCGCCCAGGCGGCGGCCGGGUCCCCUGGGCUGGGCGCUGCUGGCGGAGCCGACGGGGCGGAGAGGAGCGCGGCGGGGGGAGGAGUGGGAGGAGGGGGCCGGUCAAGGGAAGUGCGACGUGUCUGCGGGAGCCUUUUUAUACCUCCUUCCCAGGAGCCGGGCCCCAGCAGCCGCCGCCGCGCUCCGAGAGUCCCCGCACCUCCGCUCCCGGGAGUCGAGCGCCGAGUGUCCGCCGCGCAGCGUCCAGUCCGCCAGCAUGUCGGGGAUCAAGAAGCAGAAGACGGUAGGCUGCGGGCCGCCUGCUCCCACCCCGCCGCCGCUCCCGGGAGCGGGCGAGCCGCCGGGCGCGGAGGCUGCGGCGCCGGGAGGAGGAGAGAGCCAGCAGAAGUCCACCAAUGUCGUCUAUCAGGCCCACCACGUGAGCAGGAACAAGCGAGGGCAGGUGGUUGGGACGAGGGGUGGAUUCCGAGGAUGUACGGUGUGGCUGACAGGUCUAUCCGGUGCUGGAAAAACCACCAUCAGUUUUGCUCUGGAAGAGUACCUGGUCUCUCACGCCAUUCCGUGCUACUCCCUGGAUGGGGACAAUGUGCGUCACGGCCUUAACAAAAACCUUGGGUUCUCCCCCGGGGACAGAGAAGAAAAUAUCCGCCGGAUUGCCGAGGUGGCCAAGCUGUUCGCUGAUGCCGGGCUGGUCUGCAUCACCAGCUUCAUUUCUCCUUUCGCGAAGGAUCGUGAGAAUGCCCGCAAAAUCCACGACUCGGCAGGACUGCCGUUCUUUGAAAUAUUUGUAGAUGCACCUCUGAACAUCUGUGAGAGCAGAGACGUGAAAGGCCUCUACAAACGUGCCCGCGCCGGGGAGAUCAAGGGGUUCACGGGUAUUGACUCUGAUUAUGAGAAACCUGAAACCCCCGAGCGUGUGCUGAAAACCAACUUGUCCUCAGUGAGUGACUGUGUCCAGCAGGUGGUGGAGCUCCUGCAAGAGCAGAACAUUGUACCCCACACUAUCAUGAAAGGCAUCCAUGAACUCUUCGUGCCAGAAAACAAACUUGACCAGGUCCGGGCUGAGGCCGAAGCUCUCCCUUCGUUAGAAAUUACCAAGCUGGAUCUUCAGUGGGUCCAAGUUUUGAGCGAAGGCUGGGCCACUCCCCUCAAAGGUUUCAUGCGAGAGAAGGAAUACUUGCAGGCCAUCCACUUUGACACCCUGCUGGACGACGGAGUGAUUAACAUGAGCAUCCCCAUCGUGCUGCCCAUCUCUGCGGACGAGAAGACACGGCUGGAGGGGUGCAGCGAGUUUGUCCUGACGCACAGCGGGCAGACAGUGGCUAUCUUGCAAGACCCUGAAUUCUACGAACACAGAAAGGAGGAGCGUUGUUCCCGUGUGUGGGGGACAAUGUGUGUGAAACACCCCCAUAUCAAAAUGGUGCUGGAAAGUGGGGAUUGGCUGGUUGGUGGAGACCUGCAGGUGCUGGAGAGAAUAAGGUGGAACGAUGGGCUGGACCAGUACCGCCUGACGCCUCUGGAGCUCAAACAGAAAUGUAAAGAAAUGAACGCCGAUGCGGUGUUCGCGUUCCAGCUCCGCAAUCCCGUCCACAAUGGCCACGCCCUGCUGAUGCAGGACACCCGCCGCAGGCUGCUAGAGCGGGGCUACAAGCACCCCGUGCUCCUGCUGCACCCUCUGGGGGGCUGGACCAAGGAUGACGACGUGCCCCUGGAGUGGCGGAUGAAGCAGCACGCGGCGGUGCUGGAGGAAGGCGUCCUGGACCCCAAGUCGACCAUCGUUGCCAUCUUCCCGUCCCCGAUGUUGUAUGCCGGCCCCACAGAGGUCCAGUGGCACUGUAGGUCCCGGAUGAUUGCAGGGGUCAAUUUCUACAUCGUGGGCCGGGACCCCGCAGGAAUGCCCCACCCCGAGUCCAAGAAAGACCUGUAUGAACCCACUCACGGAGGCAAGGUCUUGAGCAUGGCCCCUGGCCUGACCUCGGUGGAAAUCAUUCCAUUCCGCGUGGCUGCCUACAACAAAGCCAAAAAAGCCAUGGACUUCUAUGACCCAGCAAGGCACAACGAGUUUGACUUCAUCUCUGGGACGCGGAUGAGGAAGCUGGCCCGGGAAGGAGAGAAUCCCCCCGAUGGCUUCAUGGCGCCAAAAGCAUGGAAGGUCCUGACAGAUUAUUACCGGUCCCUGGAGAAGAACAACUAAGUGCCCUCUGGCUCCAGAGUUUCUUCUGGAACUGCUCUUGGAUUCUCUUUUCUAUUUUUGUGAUUAGAUGCUUUGUACACAACUGCUUCUCAGUGGCUGAUUCUCAUGUUUUGUAAUGAGGUAAAAAUUGUCUAUAAUUUAAAGUCAACUUCAAUAAUAUAUAAAAGAAAGUCCGAGUGAAGUCCGCCUCUUAGCAGGUGCAAGCAAUACUGUUAUCAUUUCAGAAUGAAAUUACUUGUAUUUUCUCCUGCAUCUGAUUAGGUAGGUCCCAGGUUUCUGAAGCUUUGACCGUGUGUCUAGUUUACUUGCCAAAAAGUAAAGUGUGUUUUCCAGCUUAAGUCUUGCCAACCCGCACUUGCCCAGUGUAGGAACACGAACCAGAUGGGUGGCCUCUUCUGUACAACUGUUUAAAACAAAAAUCCUCACCCCUAAAGAGGUAUGGCUCACAUGAAGAUUCUCGCUAUUUCGCCUCCUGUCUCCUGCCCCGUCUCCUAAGGGGCUCAAGCAUGGCCUGCCUGGAGACACCAGCCGUGUGAACCUGUGACUUGCACCUCGGAUCUAUGCAACCUAGUUCUGCCGAGAAAGUUAUGUUGUCUAAGAAAGAAGGGAAGUCUUACCGCCCUUCUGUGAAUAGAACUCCAAUUAAACGGUGAUUUUCAGUUAGAUAGCAUUGGGCACUUUGAGGAAAAGAUUUGGACCCAAGGCUCAGACGAUCUGGCAUUGUUGUGGGAAGUUAAUUUUUCUCCACUUUGCUGUGGUCACUGUGUCCUGGGAGAGGCCACACUGAUAGACUGCAGCUUCGGCCCAAACCAGUCCAGACCAUCAGACCAGCGGACUGCUGGAAUGGGAAAAGACCCUAGACACCCUUCUGUCUCGCAGGGGUCCCCACCAGACAAUGCCUAGCGUGUGCUUUGGGGGUGGCUGAGCAGGUCACACUCACUCACUGUUGGCAUCAUUAGAAAGUACUGGUAGCACCCCACGGGCUUGUCGCCGCUGGACCCCCAUCUGGGGCUCUGUCUGCACUGUACGACACAGGCGCUGCCUCUGGCCCCCUCAGUUGCUCAGCAGAGCUGCUUGCACGGAAGGCACUUACAAAGCAGCCUUCUUGGAUGCCAGAAGGUCCAGAGUUUUCUAAAUCCAGCUGAUCUUAGUGCAGCUGGAAAAAAUACUUUUCCAAAGACUCGUGCUGUGCCGAGACAUCUAACCCCUGAUGGUUUUGCUUCUUGGGAGGUGAUCUUUGUGCUUGAUGCAUAAUCCUUGUUGCUAAAAGUAGAUGAAGAACCCGUACCUCCUGUUGCUAGGUCUCUCUGGAAGAGACUUAAACUGGAAAGAGAAAACUGUGAUUUUUUCAUAUUCUCAGAAACUUUUUUUUUUUUAAAAGAAAAUGCUAAUCUUAGCUACUGAAAGUUCUUUUGAGAAUAAAUUACCCACAGUGGACACAGCAAAGCCUAACAGCCUUGACUAGUAUAGUGUCUGUGUUGAUUUAAUCGGAGGUACUCAGUACUGCCUUUUUCAAGAACAGCAUAUUUAUUGAAAACAUGAGACAAUAUAGUGCCUUAAUCAAUAUAUUUCGUGAUUUUUAAGAUAUAUUUAAAACUGCUUUUCUGCUCUUAAUACACUUAGUACAAAUGACUAUUUCUAUGGACAAGUGAUGCUUGUUUUUAUUUUAAUAAAUUUCUCAAAAUGAAA